AUGCUGACCGAGAUCGAGGAUCAAGAGUCAUCGAGGCGAGCUACACGGGUGGUAUCUAACGGAUCCCGGGCCGAGGGCGAGCUGCACCACGCGGCCUCGAGUACAACACACAAUCCAUCGCAAACCGCUAUGAACACUUCUAGGGCUAAUGGGGGGCCCGUACACAGAGCACCGCCUACCUACUAUGGCCAUGACCGCGAGGAAAUCACGCGCAUUCUGAUACAAGCCUUGGACGAUCUAGGCUACCAUGAAGCGGCAAGGAGCGUAGGAGAGGAGAGCGGCUUUGAGGUCGAGAGCCGAGACGUGGCUGCCUUUCGGCAAGCUGUACUGAACGGUUCCUGGAGCAGGGCAGAGGAGCUGCUCUGGGGAAGGGGCUCUGAGGAUGGUCUUGUGCUGGCGCCGGGGGCGGAUCGCAAUGCUAUGAGGUUUUGGCUUAGGCAACAAAAGUUCCUCGAGCUUCUAGAACAGCGAGAAACGGCCCGGGCCCUAGCUGUGCUCCGGACCGAACUUACGCCCCUCGUUUCCGAGCAGCACCAGACUCUACAUCUCCUCUCAAGGUUCCUCAUGUGCCAAGAUACCGAGGAUCUCAGAGCCAAGGCCAACUGGGAUGGAGCGAAUGGCCGCUCUCGGCACAUCUUGUUAACGCAGCUCUUAGAAUGCGUGUCCCCGUCCGUCAUGCUCCCUCCUCGCCGAUUGGCGGUUCUUCUCGACAACGUCAAGAGGAUCCAGGUGGAGAACUGUCUCUACCACAUAAGCAAUGCACCGCCUUCUCUGUAUGCAGACCACUCAUGCGACAGAAGCUUGUUCCCAUCCGAGGUUGUCAUGGAGCUAUCCAAACCAGAUCAAGAAGGGUCAAAGGAGGAGGUCUGGCAGGUCCGCUAUUCACCCGACGGCAGGUACUUGGCCACCUGUGGCUCGUCCAACAAGGUCAGAAUCUGGGAUCCGAUCACAUCAACCUUAUUGAGCGAUUUGCUCCAUCCAGCGGGCGAGAUCGGCAACCUCGCAUGGAGUCCUGACAGCAAACUCAUUCUGACCUGCAGUAAAAAUCACUUUGCUAGGAUAUUUGAUCCGCUGACCGGCAAGUUGAUCAAAGUUUUGGAAAGAUUUGACGAACCUGUCAGCAGCUGUGUCUGGGCCGCCGAUGGCCAGACGUUUGUUACGGGUUCUUUCGACAAGUCCAGGUCUCUCUGCUCGUGGAACCUCCAUGGUGACCGCAUUCACACAUGGACAACUUCGCAUAGGACUGAGGAUAUUGCGCUCUCGCCGGAUCAGCGCUGGCUGGCCGCCAUGGACGAUCAACGCACCGUUCACCUUUACAACUUUGGCAACCGAGAACACGUCUACGAUCUGAUGGUCAAUGCCCGGCCCAGUUCUCUCAGCAUAUCGCGUGACUCGAGAUAUAUGCUGGUCACCAAGACGGAUAAUGAGGCCGUGCUAAUAGACAUUGAGACUCGGGACACCGUGGUAAAGUAUAGCGGCCUCGUCGGCGGCGAAUUCACCAUUCGGAGCGGCUUCGGCGGUGCCAACGAGAACUUUGUCAUAAGUGGCAGUGAAGAUGGCCGGGUCCUCAUCUGGCACAAGAUGACAGGCACCCUGGUGUUCGAAGCCGACGCCCAUCAUCCCCGUUGCAACUCGGUGUCGUGGAAUCCGGCCGAUCCGUGCACGUUCGCCACGUGCGGAGACGACGGCAGGAUAAAGAUGUGA